ACUAGAAGGAAGUUGGCAAGCUCGUUUGAGGAGCCGCACUCCUGGCAAAGGCGACUGAUUGCAGACAAGUUGGCGUUUUCCUGCUGAAGUGCAGUCAUGUUUCUCCAGUAUUACCUGAACGAACAGGGAGAUCGCGUCUAUACGUUAAAGAAAUUUGACCCGAUGGGACAACAGACUUGCUCUGCCCAUCCUGCUCGCUUUUCCCCUGACGACAAAUACUCAAGACACCGAAUCACCAUCAAGAAACGCUUCAAGGUGCUCAUGACCCAGCAACCGCGUCCUGUUCUCUGAGAGUUCGUUAAUUUCCUGUGCUGCCCGCCCGCAGGCUGAUUAUCAGUAACCAAAUGCAUCAAUCCGUGAGCAGGGACGCCUUCCCGCACUGUUUGGAAUCCUAUCUCACCACGUGACUGAGUCUAUCGUAAUGGGCAUCUCCCGUAAAAGGAACAAUCUUAACUUUUGUUUUUCAUGCUUUGAAUUAAUGCCAGGUUAUUAAAGAUAGAAUGACUUGAAAGUUCA